AGUACCUUACGUAGCGCAUUACGCAGCGGAUGCAAGGAAUAGCUCGGCGUUUAAUUAAUAAUAUCUGCUUAUGAGUACAAGCAGGACAAAGCGUGUUACCACCAACGGUCCAUGGGAACUAACUUACACUUACUUACCUCUCUCACCUCACGCCGGACUCGCAACCUCUCUCUUCUCUAACCUCUCUCCUCCUCACAUCUCCAGCUGAGUCUUCCAUUGCCCUCCAGACCGGGCCGGCGAGCGAUCCUCACUAGAGGGCCGUUGCCGUCUCGCCUGGCUCAAAGCCGCUCCGUGUACCGCUUUCCGCUCGUUCCGGCUCUGUUGUUAUAAAUAUGCGCUCGCUUUUCCCGCCCCGGCUUCGAUAUCCACCACGCUCGUUACCAUCCUCGCGACCGUAGACCUGCGCUUGCUACCGCACCUUGCGGGAGAAAUUUCUUCGUUAAAAAAAAACCCCCCCAUCGCUCGCGUUCGAAAAGCUCAGCGAUGCGGCCACAUUCGCUCAACCCCAAUGCAAAAUGCCCCCAACGGCCGACGUAGAAUCUGACAGUGGAAAGGAGCGAGAAUCAAACUCCGUCUCGGCCAUAGCGCGGCAGACCCGGAACCAGUUGGAGACUCUCGGUGGGGCCCUGCACCAUCGCGCCGCCCAUUGGUACCGGAGGUUUUUUCUCGAGCUGGUUCUGCGCCAGAAACCUCUGCGGCCUUCCCGGGAUGGCCGCCAGGUCCCGUUGCAGGUCGAGCGCGACCACCCGCUAUUGGACGAGCGGCGCGGUCAGCCCUACAUAUCGAACACCAUUCGAACUUCCAGAUACACCGUGUACGAUUUCGUGCCGAAGCAAUUGAUCUUCCAGUUCACGCGACUGGCCAAUUUCUACUUUCUCUGCAUCGGUAUCCCCCAGGCCAUCCCGGGCCUAAGCACGACGGGCAGCUACACCACCAUCCUACCUCUCCUGUUCUUUGUCCUCCUCACUAUCGCCAAGGAGGGUUACGACGAUUACAAGCGCCAUCGGUUGGACAAGCUCGAGAAUGCGAACACGACCAGGGUACUAAGGCGCAGAAUCGCGGACCCUGAUAUCGGCCUAGGCCUACCGGCACGAAAAUGGUUAACCGGGGUUUUUGGAGCCUCCGACGCCGGAUCCGAGGUAUGGGACGACGACGCGGAUGGAGAUUACGGGUGGAAGCAAGUCAUGUGGCAGGAUGUAAAGGUCGGUGACGUCGUCAAGCUGCUUCGCGACGAUGCCGUGCCUGCGGAUCUAGUUCUCUUACAUGCUACCGGGGAGGAUGGGCUGGCGUACAUCGAUACUAUGGAUUUGGACGGCGAGACCAAUCUCAAGAGUAAAGAGUCCCAUCCAGAUUUCAAGGAUUGCCGUACCAUCGGCGGACUGCGCUCCUGCCGGGCCAAUUUUGUCCUCGAGGACCCCAAUCCCGAUCUGUAUCGCUUCGAUGGGAGAGUCACGGUGCACGGUCGGACAUUGCCCCUGACCUCUAACGAGGUCAUAUAUCGCGGCAGCACGUUAAGAAACACGGCUUGUGCUAUUGGCGUCGUUAUAAACACCGGAGAGGAAUGUAAAAUUCGGAUGAAUGCAAACCAACACCCCGACGCUAAGAAGCCAGCCCUGGAAGCUAUCGCCAACAGAAUCGUCAUAACCCUCGCCAUCUACGUGAUCAUUCUAACGGCCGGAUGCUCCGCCGGGUAUUUUAUCUGGCGACACUCUACCGAGCAGAUUUCUUGGUACGUCUCUAUGGCUACUGUCGAGCUCAAGCAGAUCAUCAUCGGCUACGCCAUCAUGUUUAAUAAUGUCAUCCCCCUUGCGCUCUACGUCAGCCUAGAAAUCACGAGAAUUGGCCAGAUGCUCAUGUUGAACGGCGACGUGGAGAUGUAUGACGACGAAACCGAUACUCCAGCUCGUUGCAACACGAAUACGAUUUUGGAAAAUCUCGGUCAAGUCAGCUACAUCUUCUCCGACAAGACCGGCACGUUGACGGAAAACGUGAUGAAAUUCCGUAAGAUGAGCGUCGCCGGGACUGCAUGGCUGCACGAGACCGAUAUACAAUCCGACGAAACGUUGACGAUGCCAGAACCGGGUCUCGGCGUUCCUCUUGGGCAUGCAAUGACGCGAAAAUCGAACGAGAUUUCCAGUACCAUACACGAGGACGUAGAGCUCUAUCCCCUCUCGCCAUCGUCAGCAUUCGCCACCCGGUCUGAGAGACGGUCUUCAUCGCAGUGGAGAUCAACUGGUCGUCCAGACCACCCGCAACCCGACGUAACGACCGCAGAUCUGUUGGAAUAUAUAAGGCUAAGGCCCGCGUCAUCUUUUGCAAGACGAGCCAAGGAUUACAUACUGUGCAUGGCUCUCUGCCACACGUGCUUACCCGAGGUGAAGGACGGCGAGCUAGAUUUUCAGGCUUCGUCACCAGAUGAGCUUGCGCUCGUUCGCGCCGCACACGAACUCGGCUACCUAGUAACCCAUCGGUCGUCUCAAGCCGUUACGUUACGCGUUGGAGGCGGAGGUAACGCGAAAACGGAUGUUUAUCAAAUUUUGGACGUUAUCGAAUUCAGCAGCAAACGAAAGCGCAUGUCGAUAAUUGUGCGCUAUCCCGAUGGGAGAAUAUGUCUCAUCUGCAAGGGCGCCGACUCGGUGAUCUUGCCCAGGCUCCAGUUGGCUCAUGUGGCCAUGCAAAAAGCAACCGAGGUGCGCAAAAGCGCCGAGAUCGAGCACGAACUCCUCCGGAGGAGCGAACAGUUGGAGGUUCGGAAUAGCUUUGGUGGCCGACCAAGCAUAAAUUUGCGACGGAGCAUUGCAGGAAACCCCACCAGCAUCGGGUCCAGCCAGCCUGUUGCCCCCUCGAAGCGGCCCAUAGUUAUACAGAGCAGAUCCGUAGAAGGGAGCAGAUCCAUGGAAGGGACCAGGACAGGACUCUCUGAGGACGGACUUCGUCCGUCUCUGGCUCUCCGGGCUACGUCCCUCGACGUAGUGAAGACUCUUUCCAAAUCAAGCCCGUUGACACCCCAGCCACCGUGCGAAAAGUUCGGUUUCCUCGACGACCCGACCCUUCUCGACGAGUCGACCAUCUUCAGCCGUUGCUUCAAGCACUUAGACGACUUUGCCACCGAAGGACUGCGCACCCUCAUAUUCGCACGGAAAUUCAUCCCCGAAAGUAAGUACGGCGCGUGGAAGAAGAUCUAUAACGACGCUACAACAAGUCUCGUUGAUCGUCAGGAUAUGAUCGAGGCGGCAGGUGAGUUGAUCGAACAGUCGCUGGACCUGGUUGGGGCGACGGCGAUCGAGGAUAAGCUCCAGGUUGGCGUUCCCGAGACCAUCGAUAAACUCCGCCGCGCCAACAUCAAGAUUUGGAUGUUGACGGGGGACAAGCGUGAGACGGCUAUCAACAUCGCCCACUCGGCACGCAUCUGCCGCCCGGGCUCCGACAUAUUUAUUCUAGAUUCGUCCAAGGGCUCGCUAGACGUACAGAUAAGCGGCAUAUCGGACGACAUACAAACCGGUUGCGCCCACAGCGUCGUCGUCAUCGACGGCCAGACUCUCGCGGCGAUCGAGCAGUCUACGCAUCUCGCCGGCCUAUUCUACACGCUGAUUCCGACGAUCGACUCCGUCAUAUGCUGCCGCGCAUCGCCCGCCCAAAAGUCGGCCAUCGUUAAGGCGAUCCGCCAGCGGCUGCCCAGUGCUCUAACCCUCGCCAUCGGCGACGGCGCGAAUGAUCUGGCGAUGAUCUCGGCUUCUCAUGUAGGCGUGGGGAUCUCGGGCAAAGAGGGACUCCAGGCGGCCCGCGUCGCCGACUACGCGAUCGCGAAAUUCCGCUUCCUGCAGCGGCUGCUGCUCGUCCACGGGCGCUGGAACUACGUGCGCACGGCCAAGUUCAUCCUGGCGACGUUCUGGAAGGAGAUGUUCUUCUACCUGCCGACGGCCAUGUACCAGCGGUACAACGGGUACAGCGGCACCAGCCUGUACGAGAACUGGAGCCUGACCGUGUUCAACAUCCUGUUCACCAGCCUCUGCGUCAUCUGCAUGGGCGUGUGGGAGCAGGAUCUCGACGCCGAGACGCUGCUCGCCGUGCCCGAGCUGUACGUGCACGGGCAGCGGAACCGCGAGCUCAAUAUGGCGAGGUUCGUCCGCUGGAUGGCCGCCGCCGCUACCGAGGGCGUGCUGGUCUGGCUCGCCGCCUGGGCGUCCUACAGCGUGUUCGGGCAGGCCCGUGACGACGGGCUCUUCGCCCUGGGAAACCUCGUCUUUUCGAUCGGCGUCAUGUGGAUCAACUGGAAGCUAUUCAUCAUCGAGACGCACUACAAGACGGCGGUGGUCAUGGGGGCGUUCGGCGUGACGCUGGCGGGGUGGUGGGCGUGGAACGCGUUCCUGGCGGGGGUGUACGCGGCGCAGCCGAGCCCGUACCCGGCACGGCACGGCUUCGUGCGCACCUUCGGCCGCGACCCGCUGUGGUGGCUGACGCUCGCCGUCGCCCUGCUCGCCCUGCUCGCCGCCGAGCUCGCCUACAAGGCCGCCAAGCACCGCAUGGCCGUCGCCGGCGCCUGGCCCCCCUGGCGCCGCGGCCGCGGCCGCGCCGACGACGCUAACAUCGAGGACUGGGGCCUCGAGGUCUGGCAGGAGCUCGAGAAGGACCCCGCCGUGCGCGAGCGCCUCCGCAGCAGCGCGCGCGCCGACGCUGACGCCGACGGCGCCGAGCAGAGCAGCCUUGCCGAGACGGAUCCGGUCAAGGUUUUCUAAAGGGGGAUGGCUGCCGUAGCAGCAGCAGCAGCAGCAUUUACUGGUGUGUUUUUUUUGGCUUAUUGGUUUUUUUUUUAGUUUCUUGUCUCGAACCUCCAAGUCCGGUUGGAUUGCGGCGCAUGUGGACUCUAGACGGGGAUACCCACUAUACAUAUACACGGCUAUAUAUACAUAUACAUUUACACGUUAGAUAUAUAUCGGUACCUACAUAAUUCAGCGUCGGCGGUGGAGAGAACCAGAUAGAGAGAGAGAUAGGCAGAGGUAUAUAAUAUUGUCGCGUAAAACGUAGACGCCUACGAUACGCUUUUGCGGUAUGUAGGCAUGUAAGGGCUGGUUCAAUUGGUAGGUAUGUGACAAAUAUAUAUA